AUGGAGUACACUCGACAGCCCACAAGUCAGUACGUGGCCUACCAUUCACCACAUUCCGCACUUCCAAGGUUCAAGAAAGUUGUGGCGGGUGAAGAACAUUUGUGUGCAUCGAACAACGGAGACUCGGUGACAGGUACCACAUUCCGACUUCCAAGGUUCAAAAAAGUUGUGGCGGGUGAAGAACAUUUGUGUGCAUCGAACAACGGAGACUCGGUGACAGGUAAAUCUGCAACUCCGAUAGAAACCAUAGAGAAUACAACCAAACAAUCCACCCAAAAUGGAGAAAAUAAAGCGGUCAAUAUUUUCACACUGGAGGGUGAUUUUGAAAACCGUCAGUCUUAUUCCGAGCCAGGAGAGCAACGAAAUCUGAUUUUACCCAAGACUAGAUGCGAAAAGGCCAAAGGAUAUUGCAAAGCAUUUAUUUCAUUCCUCUUUUCUCAUAUUGGACUUUGUCUACUUGUCAUUGGUUACUGCGCACUCGGAGCAAUAAUUUUCUUGCGUAUCGAGAAAGAUCAUCAGAUUGGUAGCAUUAUGAAGCAUAGAUGCAAUGUGACGAAUGCAACCCAACAGAUCCAACGAUUACUCGUAGAAAUGCAAAAAACGCUUAUAAAAAACUGUACAAUCUUCACUAUCCAGUGGAUCGCCGAAUAUAUAAACAGAAAUCCCGAUCAGGCCAAUACCACUUCACUCAUUCGGUUGCUGCAGCCAUAUGAGGAAGAACCUCGUAGGCAGAUAACAAAUUUUUCGCUAGGAUACCCUGAGGAAAGGAGCCCGUUUGAACCAUUGGUCAACAAAUCAUCCGGUCCACUUGCCCAGUUAUUCGAUCAGCUAGAUCAAAUCCAAAGUGAGAUCGUACAACACUUUCAACAACAGGCCAUGAACUUUAGCGGAAGUCUCAUAAUUGCCACAUUCGGUGCCUUUGAGGAUGGGUGGAAACCGAGAGAUCAGGGUGCAUUUUCUCUGCUCCACAACCUCAACGUUUCCCGUUCGACAAACCACAGCAUGUGCUGUAGUGCUCAGUGCGCUGACUUGAGUGAAUCCGAGAAGCAUCAAGUCAUGUGGACAUUAACCGGAGCACUCCUGUACGCAACUACCGUGAUUACAACAAUCGGGUAUGGUCACAUCGUACCUCGGACGGAACUGGGUCGCUUUGUUACAGUGCUUUAUGCCAUGUUUGGAAUCCCGCUUGUGCUACUAUUUAUGGCUAAUUUAGGUGGGUUCCUGGCCAGCUGCGUACGUCUUUUCUACAAGCUCUGCCUCAGAUCUAGACAAAAACGGCAACCCGAACAGAAGGCCAACUCCUCCAGAGAAAUGUUCAAGAAAACUCCACCCAAAGAACUCCAAAUGAAAAUCAACACCAUUACGCAAAAUGACACAGAUCAGCAAACAGCAACAACAGAAGGGUCAAUGAAAGAAGGCAAGAAGAACGGGCAACUUUCCAUCCCGAUAACUGCACAUCCUAGAAGGUCUUCAGUUCAACACUUUAUUCACGCCCUCGCCACUUCCCAAUCACUUAUAUCGAAGCGUGCAAACAAACCGAACGGCAAGUCCCAAGAAAUUCGGGUCCCAAUCUGGUUAACUCUGCUAAUCAUUCUCAUCUACCUCAUUAUUGGCGCAAUCAUUUUUUCCAUAUGGGAAGGAUGGAGCGUUUUACAAUCGGCCUACUUUGUUUUCAUCACCCUGUCAACCAUAGGAUUCGGGGAUUUCGUUCCAGGUAUUCAAAAGGAUCAAUGGUACAAAGAUUCCCGAAAACCAAUAUUCUGCUGUUUCUACCUCCUUAUUGGACUUUCUAUGAUUGCCAUGUGCUUUUCGCUAAUGCAGGAAGAGGUUAAAACUAAAUUUCGCCGUUUCGCCGAGCGAAUUGGACUGGUUGAUGGUAAAUAGUUAUGCGUGUAUCUACUUGUGUGUGUAAGUGUGCGUGUGAAUCUGCGGGUGAUACUCCUUUUCAAAGUUCCACAUUUAAAAACCAUCUCUUCUCACUCAAAUCUGACUUGAAAGUGCAAAAGAACAUCAAAUACUCAACAGUUCAUUAAAAAGCUUGCUUUUUGUUCGGCGUACAUGUUGCGCAAAUAUACCAUACUUCAUCAAAUAAGUAUUCAGUCAAAUGUAACAGCUUGAAAUAAACUUAUGUUAUCCA